GUAGACUCGACUCGGUGCCUCGCUACUCACUGUUGUUUGAGUUGAUUGCUUGAGCUAGGGUUUCCUCGAUCCCCGAUUUUCCUGUUAUUUUUCUCCCUAAUAAAAUAAAAUUUAGAAAAUUGAAGUACUUAUAAUUGUUUUAUUUGCAAACGAAUUUAGAAAGAGUAAAUGGCGGAUGGUUAUUGGAAUCGACAACAGCCAACUUCUCCGAUGCUUUCUUCUCGUGGGAUGCUUAAACGACCACGUACAGACUACGAUGCUCCGCCUUCUGGACUGCAUUCAGCUCUUGAGAUGCAUAAUUAUCUGGCAAGAGAUGAUGAUCUAGGUGGACAUCUGUCUGUGAAGGAUACGAAAUCAGUUGGAUCAGCAUAUGAUCGUUAUCUCCAGAGUGCAAAACUUUCUUCUUUUACUUCUGGAGAAGCUAGUACAUUUGGUGGGUUGAUAAGGAGUGUUGGUGGUGCAAUGCCUGCUCAUCCAAUUGCUGAUCCUCCUAUGAUGGGUCGUCUUGGAUCUGCUGCUCCAGAUUUGUCACCAAAUGGUCAAAAUGUUGGUUUUAGUGAUCAAGUUUCGGUAGAUGCAAUGACAAGGCCAGGUAGGGAUUCUAUUCCUCUACCUCCAGAUGCUUCCAACACUCUAUAUGUUGAAGGGUUUCCUCCUGACAGCACAAGGCGCGAAGUAGCCCAUAUCUUUCGCCCAUUUGUUGGAUAUGAAGAAGUACGAUUAGUGAGCAAAGAACCCCGACAGCGUGGUGGAGAUCCUCUUAUCCUUUGUUUUGUUGAUUUUUCAAGUCCUGCAUGUGCGGCAACUGCAAUGAGUGCCUUGCAAGGUUAUAAAAUGGAUGAACAUGACCCGGAUUCUAAAUACUUGAGGCUGCAGUUUUCUCGACACCCCGGCCCGAGGUCGGGUCCUGGAACUCGUGGAAGGAGGUAAAUGUGACUUUCUUUUGGCAAAUAGGCUAUCUUUUUCUAUAUAUGGAAAGAUUUUGAAGACUUGCAAUUUGAAUCACUCGAUCCCGAUGAGCAUUUGCCUUAAAGAUUACCAUAAAUUUAGGAGUGUGGAUCAAGCAAUACUUGAAUUGCUUGCACGUUUCAGGAAUCCAUGUUGUAAUUUAACUUAAGAGAUAUAAGAGUUAUUUUUGUUGUAGAGAUAAGAUUGUUGUAGCA